CCGAGCCUCCCGCCGGCUGAGGCGGCCGCGGCUGAAGGGGAAGCGGGGGGCGGGCGCUGGGCGCUGGGCGGGGAGAGGCCGGGCGGGGAGGGCCUGGCUCGGCGCGCGGGCUUUCCAUGCCAGGCGCUGCCGGCUGAGCGGCGCGUCGCUGGGAAGGGUCCCCCGGGCAGUGCCCUACCCGCCGCCGACCCAGCGGGGCUCCUGCCGAGGGCCACGCGGGGCCCACCCGCCUCGGGGCCGGGGCGGGUCGCGGGCUCCGGCUGGGCAGGGCCCGGGGAAGCAGGGCGGAAGUGGCCCGGCGGGAGGGAGCGCGCCUGGCCGGGGAGCAGGGCCGGACCCGGGCGAGGCCGCGGCAGGAGCCCCCUGCCCGCCUCUCCGCUCGCCGUGCCCGGCGGCCGCGACUGGCGCGGCUGCGGGGAUUGCAAGGCGGCCCGGCCCGGCCCGGCCCAGCCCGGCGGCCUCUUCCCGCCUGGCCGGCCCUGUGGGCGGGGAGGGAGGCGCGGCGCGGCGCGGCCCGUCGAGGCGCCCGGAGCCGCCGCGCCGCUUUCCCUCGCAGCCGAUGGCCAAGGACGGGGGUCUCGAGGGCCCGGCGGGCCGCCCGGGGGAUGAGCGCCAGGAGGCGAGUCGUGGCCGGUACGAAGACGUCGAGGACGAGGUUUUCGCGGGCGCGGAAGGGCCGGCGGUGGCGCCCUUGGCCGCCUUCCGCCACUGCAGCGUGGAGGAGCUUUACGUGCUGCUGGAGCCGCUGGGCAAGGGGCACUUCGGGGUGGUGAAGCGCUGCCAGGCGCGGAGCAGCGGCCUCUUCUUCGCGGCCAAGUCGGUGAAGGUGCGCAGGCGGAAGGGCAGCCGGCUGGGCAUGGACCGCGAGCAGGUGGAGCGGGAGGUCUCGAUUCUGCAGCAGCUGCAGCACCCGCACAUCAUGCGCCUGCACGACACCUUCGAGAGCUCCACCGAGGUGGUGCUGAUCCUGGAGCUCAUCCAAGGCGGGGAGCUGUUUGACUUCAUUGCGGAGAAGGAGGUGCUGACCGAGGCCGAAGCCAUCGAAUUCCUGCAGCAGAUCCUGCAAGGCGUGGCCUACAUGCAUUCCUGCCACAUCGCCCACUUCGAUCUGAAGCCAGAAAAUGUAAUGCUGUUUCAGAAGGACGUCCCCAACCCCAAGAUCAAGAUAAUUGAUUUUGGCUUGGCUCAAAAGCUUCAGGAAGGAGCCACCUACAAAAGCCUCUGUGGGACUCCGCAGUACAUUGCUCCUGAAGUGAUCAACUAUGAGGCUCUGAGCUGUGCAACAGACAUGUGGAGCAUUGGGGUGAUUACAUACAUCUUGCUGAGCGGUAUGUCUCCAUUCCAAGGGGAGACCGACACGGAGACGCUAUCCAACGUCGUCGCUGGCUCCUAUGAGUUUGAGGACAAAUAUUUUGGCCAGACCUCCGAGCUGGCUAAGGACUUCAUUCGACAGCUUCUGGAGAAGGAGCCCAGCAACCGAAUGACAGCCGCAGAGUGCCUCAUCCACCCGUGGAUCAAGCCCCUGAGCCGGAAACAGGCAGCCAGCCGCAGCCGCUCCUCGAUUAACAUGAAAAACUUCCGUCGGUUCAAUGCUCGGAGGAAGUGGAAGCUCUCCUACAAUAUGGUGUCAGCGUGCAACCGCUUGUGCCGCAUGCAGCUUUUGUGCCGUCAGAGGAAGGAGGACGAGAGCCUGCGUGACUGCGAGAGCGACCAAGAAGAUGGUGCCUGUAGCCCUGGGGCGCUGCUGCGCCGGCGAAGAAGCAGUUGCUCUUGAACUGGGGCCUGCCCACCCUCUCCCCUGCCUUGCCCUCCGUCCCGUCCCGUCCCUUGCUUGCCCAUCUGUCCAGCCACAGCAUGACCUGGAGCAUGCACCGCCACAGACCAGUGGCCUUCCGGCCGAAACACUUCCUGCCCAGCGGGAGAGGUGGGCUGCUGAGAAGCUGUGGAGGUGGAGAGCCCUGGGGAGGAGCUGCCUCCCUGCGGGCUCAGGGGAGACCCUGGCCAGGUGUGUCAGGGGCGGUCAGCUCCGGAGUCCCGCUCCCCUUGCCCUGGGCACCAUCCGGCACACGAGGUUCCUCCCCUUGGGGUCAUCCCCUAACGUGUGGAGCCUCUGGAUCUGCCUGGGGAGCUUCACUGGGUGCCCCUCCCUGGGUCCAAGGACCCCCUUGGUGACCAGGAAAGCCCCGGAGCCCAGGCAGGAAGGGCCCGGGUGCAGCACUUGCAUGCCUGAACUCUUUCUCAUAGAAUCAUAGAGUUGGAAGGGGCCAUACAGACCAUCUAGUCCAACCCCCUGCCCAGUGCAGGAUCAGCCUAAAGCAUCCCUGACCAGUAUUCAUCCAGCCUCUUCUUGAAAACUGCCAGUGAAGGGGAGCUCACCACCUCCCUAGGCAGCUGAUUCCACUUUUGAACUACUCUGACGGUGAAAAGGUUUUCCUAAUAUCCAGCCGGUACCUUUGUGCAUGUAGUUUUAGCCCAUUGCUUCGCGUCCUACCCUCUGCUGCCAACUGGAACAGCUCCCUGCCCUCCUCCAAAUGACAGCCUUUCAAAUAUUUAAAGAGAGCAAUCAUGUCCCCCCUCAACCUCCUCUUCUCCAAACUAAACAUUCCCAAGGCCCUCGGCCUUUCCUUGUAGGGCUCAGUCUCCAGACCCCUGAUCAUUCUUGUCGCUCUCCUCUGCACCCUCUCGAUUUUGUCCACAUCCUUUUUGAAGUGAGGCCUCCAGAACUGCACACAGUACUCCAGGUGUGGCCUGACCAAGGCAGUAUAGAGAGGGGCUAUGACCUCCUGCGAUUUUGACGCUAUGGCCCCUUUGAUACAACCCAGGAUUAAAUUAGCCUUUUUUGCCACUGCAUCACACUGACCGCUCAUAUUCAGUUUACAAUCCACUCUUACCCCAAGAUCCCUUUCGCAUAUACUACUGCCCAGAAGUGUAUCCCCUAUCCAGUAUUUGUGCUUCUCAUUUUUGUGGCCCAGAUGUAAUACUGUGCGCUUAUCUUUGUUGAAUUGCAUCCUAUUCACAGCUGCCCACUUCUCUGGAGUAUUCAGGUCUUGUUGAAUUUUAAUUCUAUCUUCUUGGGUGUUUGCUACCCCUCCCAAUUUGGUAUCAUCAGCAAAUUUAAUGAGCAGCCCUUCCACUCCUUCAUCCAGAUCAUUGAUAAAAAUAUUGAAAAGUACCGGGCCCAAAACCAAGCCCUGCGGCACCCCACUGGACACCUCCCUCCAAUCUGAUGAAACGCCGUUGACCACCACUCUUUGAGCACCACACCACUCUGACAGCAAUAAACAGCACAACUCCUGUU